AUGGCUCCUUUCUUUUACAAUCACACCAAUCCCCAGGAUAUGUGGUAUGUCCUGAUCGGAAUCCCAGGACUAGAAGAUUUGCACAUCUGGAUCUCCAUCCCUGUCUAUUCUAUGUACAUUGUGGCCGUUGUAGGCAAUGUCUUCUUGAUCUUCCUGAUCAUGACUGAGCACAGUCUCCAUGAGCCCAUCUAUCUCUUCCUUUCCAUGCUGGCCUUAGCAGAUGUCUUGCUUUCCACAGCCACAGCCCCUAAGAUGCUGGCCGUCUUCUGGUUCCAUUCCAUGGAUAUAUCCUUUGGUAGCUGUGUAUCCCAGAUGUUCUUAAUACAUUUUAUCUUUGUAACAGAAUCUGCCAUUCUCCUGGCCAUGGCAUUCGAUCGCUAUGUGGCCAUCUGUUACCCACUAAGGCGCACUACAAUCUUAACCUCCUCAGUCAUUGGGAAGAUUGGCAUAGCAGCUGUGGUCAGAAGCUUUAUCAUCUGCUUUCCCUUCAUCUUCCUGGUACACCGACUUAUGUUUUGUGGGAGAAAUGUCAUUCCCCAUUCCUACUGUGAGCACAUGGACAUUGCCAGAUUGGCAUGUGACGAUAUCAGUGUCAACAUAAUUUAUGGACUGACUGUGGCCCUACUGUCUACAGGACUGGAUAUAGUGUUCAUCCUCAUGUCCUACACCAUGAUCCUUUGCACAGUGUUUCAGAUACCCUCCUGGGCUGCCAGAUUCAAGGCUCUUAACACGUGUGGUUCCCAUAUCUGUAUCAUACUUAUGUUCUAUGCCCCAGCAUUCUUUUCAUUUUUUGCCCAUCGCUUUGGGAUUGAAACCAUCCCUCACCACAUCCACAUUCUAGUAGCCAACUUCUAUGUGGUGGUGCCCCCUAUGCUCAACCCCAUCAUUUAUGGGAUGAAGAGCAAACAGAUUCAAGAUCGAGUGAUUUUGCUUUUCUCUUCCAUCAGCACAUGUUAUUAA